AUGCAUCUUUCUAACGCCCUCCCCAUCAUCCUUGCCUCGCUUCCGGCCCUAAUCGGUGCCGAGAGCUUCGCCGACAGAUGCGAUCAGUACCGAAUCCUUCCUUACAGCGACGAGCACGGCUGGAUACUCCAGGCCACAUGCCCUGGAGACGGCUAUACGGGAUACUCUGCGCUGCCGCUGGACUGGUGUCUGAUCAAUAAUGAUGGCACUAUUGUUGCGCAGGAGAAUGGCGGCCUCUCCUCUACUUGCCGUGAUGGUUGUACAAUUUCCACCGGCAUUCCUGAAGUGGGAUGCAUUUGCGAUCCUAACCCUGACGGGUUUACGCAGUCGCAUUUGGAUCUGAUGAUAAAUAUAGCCCCAACGGUCACGAACAAUGAUGGUGUUCUGGAAUGCUUUGGACAGAAGGGAUGGACGACGACCCAGUCCUCGGCGACUACGGCGGUUUAA